CGCACGUAUUCUUUAAAAUCUUCUCAGCAUCUGCACAUGCAAAAAAUUUGCAAUAAGCACUGUCCCACGAGGCAAUUCCGGGUCACUACAUAGUUUCCCAAAAUUUGUAACUGAAAAUAUUAAAUUCUGAUAUUAUGAAGACAUUACAUUCCUCAGUUUUAUCCCAGUGUUUACUCCUCCUAAUUUCCGUCGAGCAAAUUUAUUCGCAACAAUACCCAAUUUGCGUAAUUGGUGGUGGAAUUAGUGGAAUCACGAUAGCAAAUUCAUUACAAGAAAAAGGCUACGAUAAUGUCAUCCUAUACGAGGGGGGAUCCCGUUUCGGCGGGAAAUUAGACACUUACCGGUCCAAAGACGAAUACGGCGACACCAUCGUCAUAGAGAAAGGCCCGAUUCUCUACUCUGAUCAAAUGACGUACAUCGUGAAACACAUGAAUCGCGUAAACUUAACAACGAUCCCCUUCAAUAUUCAUGACCACGCCCUGUUCAACCCGAAAAGUGGUGUCAUCUUCCCCCGCCUCGAGUUUAGUGCGCAACUUACCGCCAAAGUGCAACAGUUGAAUAACGAAUAUAAACGUUUUUGGAACUUCUUAUCCGAAGAAGCGCUCGAACUGGGGUAUAAUUCUCCCGCUUCUAAAGCGAAACUGGAGGAACUUGCGACACCGAUUGAGACUUGGUUAAAACAGCGAAACAUUUCCGAGCUGCUGCCCCUUUUCGGGGUAAUUUUGACCUCUAUGGGGUACGGAGAUGUGAAAGAUACUCCCGCCAUGUAUGCGCUGAAAUUUAUUAUUGCGGAUGACGCGGAAAACUUUUUCAAAAUUGGCGGGCCCUCAUUCACAGUUAAGGAGGGAUUUGAUACUUUUGCCGAAAGAAUGGCGGCCUCUGUGCAGAAUAAAAAUUUAGGUUGGAGGGCGGUCGAUAUUAAGCGAAAUCGGGACAAGGAUGUGCAGUACGUUACGUUUGAAGUGAGCGCGGGAAAUAUGAAGUCGCAGAUUACCCAGAUCUGUAAAAGGACGAUAUUAGCUUUUCCGCCGUUGAUGAAUAAGUUGGCGGUUUUAGUGAGUGAUUUGAGUCAUAAGGAGAAACAGGUUUUUAACCAGGUGAAAAUUAUGAAGUAUGUUUCGAGCGGGAAUUUAAUACCGAGUUUGAAUCGGGCCGUGUACUCGGGGCUGGUUCCGGAGAUUGGGUACGACUAUAACAGACAUCUUUUUCCAAAGAUGAUCUAUCCGCAGGGGGAUGGCGGACCGGUUGUGCUGGUAAAGCAGAAUAAAGGGGAACGUCUCUGCUACAAUGCGUACUCCUGGAUUUAUGGAGAUUACACGGAACCCGCUACUGACCAAGAGAUGAGAAUAAUGGCCACAAAAUUGAAAACCACGCUAAAAAAGAUUCAUCCCUUUUCAAAAACGUUAUACAUGAAGACGACCGAAUACUUUCCCCACGUGACGAGCGACUCGAUUCGAAAUGGAUUUUACUCCGAUUUUGACUCGAUUCAAGGCGAUGGUGGCCUUUAUUAUGGGACCACCUUGUUAACCCUGGAAUGUGUGAACAAUGCUAUCGAGCUUGGGGAAAAAUUGGUGGCAAAAUAUUUCUGAGAAUGAUGAUCUUGCCAAAAUUUUGAAAUGCUUACAUGUGUUUGAGACUUGGAAAUAUUUACAUAAACAUAACUAGUCUACGAGAAGGAUAUGUAUGCACAUAUGUAAUGUAAAUACCUAUUAUUAUUGUAUUAUUUCUUACCACCAAAUUGUUAGUGUGUACAACUUUAAAGUCUUAAUGUUUAAACACCUAAGACAUAAACUUUGCUAUAUUUUGUAAAUGUAAAAUAAAUAGUAAUCUUUCCGGUGCUAAUGGAAUUUACGAUAUAAAUAUAUGUUUGAAAAUAUUAGAACGAUA